CACUUGCACGGUCACACAUGCACCAGUCAUGAUUGAGUUGGAAGCAACAGGAAUACACCAACUAUUUAGUAGACCAUCCGCCUACCAGUGAUACCCAGAUUCCGAGUCUCUGCCGUGGAUCCCUCGUCCAUCACCAGCUCUAGAGAGAGAGAGAGAGAGAGAGAGAGAGAGAGAGAGAGAGAACAAGGAGAUACAAGUGAAGAAAGGAUUAAAGGCAUUACGAGAAAAGAGAGAAAGAAAGGGGAGAUUAGAGAGUGGUGUGCUAAUGGAAAAGGAAUACCUGGGCCUCAGCCUCAGUCUCAGCUUCUCCAGCAAUGGCUUCCCUGGUCUCCUGCAUUCCUCUUCCGCUUCCCAACCAUCGUCUUCCUCCUGUCAGCAGAAGCCGGCUCAAUGGCGUCAUCUCCUCCACGACCGUUCGGAGAGCAGACCGAUCUUGGACGUGAAUCAAGCGCCCUCGGCAGCAGCAGGGAGGAACAGCGAGGAGGACGGAGGGGUGUCGUCUCCCAACAGCAGGGCCUCGAGUGCCACCGCGAAGAGGUCAACGGAGCGCGAAGCAGGCUCCAGGGGCGUCAGCGACGAGGAGGAUGACGGCGAUGGCUGCCGUAAGAAGCUUCGACUCUCCAAGGACCAAUCCGCCAUCCUCGAAGAGAGCUUCAAAGAACACAGCACCCUCAACCCUAAGCAGAAGCUUGCGUUGGCUAAGCAACUGAAUCUGAGGCCACGGCAAGUGGAAGUGUGGUUCCAAAACAGGAGGGCGAGGACGAAGUUGAAGCAGACGGAGGUCGACUGCGAGCUCCUCAGAAGGUGCUGCCAAGACCUCACGGAAGAGAACAGAAGGCUGCAGAAAGAAGUCCUGGAGCUGAGAGCUCUGAAGCUUUCGCCGCAGCUCUACAUGCACAUGACGCCUCCCACUACACUCACCCUGUGCCCCUCCUGCGAGCGAGCCUGCGGCUCCACCUCCGCCGCCUUAGCUGCUGCAUCAUCAUCAUCGAGGAACCAACCGCCGGCGGAGUACCACCAAUUCCUCCACCAGCAGCGACCUGUUGCAGCUCCGUGGGCGCCGAUUCAGCUCCGUCCAUCGUUCCUUGACGCUCCUCCACAGCGCUCUUGACUCCCAUAGUUCGAUGUAACGCUGUUAUCUGAUACCGAUACUGGGCGGACGCAGUGAAUGCUGUUGUUGUCAGCAUAUGGUGGUGGUGAGGAUGAUGAUGGGAAUCGCAGGUGGGUGAUGGGAAUCCCAUCAGCUUUUCUUUUUGA